AUGAAUGAUAAGGGGUGUUCUUAUAAUAUAUACAAAAAUAAACACGAGGAUAAAUUAAGUUAUAAGGCAUAUAAUAUUAGUAGUAAAAAAUAUAAUGAAGAAAACGAAAAAAAUAAAAAGAAGAUAAAUAAUUAUAGCAAUAAAAAUCAAAGUAACGAUUAUAAUAUUAUAAAACACAAUUCUAUUAACAGAAAUAAUUAUAAUUCUAAUGAUAUUAACAAAAGUUUUAAUAAUUCUCCUUCAAUUAAAAACAAUAUUAAUUACAACUAUGUAAGUAAUAAUGAUGAUAAUAAAUACAAGAAAUAUAAAAAUAAUGAUGAUUAUUAUAAAUAUCAUAAUAAUUAUAAUAAUGAAGGUGAUGAAAUUAUUAUGAAGAAUUAUUCUAAAAAUAUACCAAAAAGUAAUGAGUUAAAUAACAAUUCACAUGAUAGUUCUAAUAGAGGUUCUUAUAAUUACGAACAUGCAAAUCAUAAUAGUAAUAAUAAAAACAAUACAAAUUACACUUCUUAUAGUAAUAUUUAUAGUAAUAAUAAUAAUAAUUAUUAUUAUUAUGAUUUUAAUUGUAGUAAUAAUUAUGAUAAAAAUAAGAAUUAUAAUAAUGGGAAUUAUGAUAAUAAAAUAAGUUAUUCUAAUAAUGAUGAUUUUAUUGAAAAAAAUUAUAACUUUAAUCAAAAUGUUAAUAACAAUGAAAAUUGCCUAAAUUAUUCUUACAGUAAUAAUAAAAAAAAUAAUAAUUCUUUUGAUGAGAAAGAAGUAAAUAUCAUUAAAAGUGAUUCUAGAAAUAGUAAUCAGAAUAAUAAAAAUACAAAUUUCACUGAAAAAAAAAACAAUGAAUCCAAUUUGUAUCUCAAUAAAAAUGAAAAUUAUAUAAAUGGAAAAAAUUUUUAUGAAAAUGAAAAAAAUCAAUCCGAAGAAAAUAUGUGUAAAAAUAAUAAUACAUGUUACAAUGAUAAUCAUAACAAUUUUAAUGAAAAUAAUAUUAUAAAUAAGGAUUCAAGUGUUCAUAAUCAAAAUGUCAAUGAAAAUAAAAAUUAUGAUGAACACGAAAGUUAUAAUACUUUACAAGAAUUAAAUGAAGAAGACAAAAUUUUUUUAGAAAAAUUAUUAACAUGUUGUGAAGAAUCUAAAAAAGAUAGUAUUAAUAAAGCAAAUGAAUGGAUAUUAAAUAAAUGUGAUUAUAUAAACAACAGCAAAAUUAUAUCCUUAUAUUUUUAUAAUAAAAUAUUAAAAUGUAUAAAUUUUAAAAAUAAAUUAAAUUUAGUUUUUUCUUAUCAUGAAUUAUUAAGAAAUUUUAUGUUAAAAAACAAAAAAAAAGCAUUAAAUGAAUUUAAAGUAUAUAUGAAUUCAAUAGUUCAAGAUGCAUAUACGUGUGCAUAUUAUAAAGAUCAUAAUUCAAUAAAUGUUUUAUUACAAAUGGUUUAUAAAUGGAAUGAAUUAUCAAUUAAUAAUUUUCAGGAAACAAAAAUGUUAUUAAAUAUAUUUCAUUAUGACAAUAAUUAUCAUCAAAAUAAUCAUUUAGACAAAAAUAGAAAUGAACAUUAUUCUUCUUAUAAUACUUCAAAUAAAUUUUUAAAUUCACAGAAUUUUCAAAAUCAAAAUUUAUCAAAUCAAACUUACCAAAAUAAAAAUUAUCAGAAUCAUAAUUAUCAAAAUCAGAAAAUGCCACCACCACCUCCUCCUCCUCCACUUGCUAAAUCAAAUUCUAAUGAAUUUUCAAAAGGACAUAAUUUUUAUGAAAAAUCUAAAAAAAAUGAUGGGGAAAAUAAAGUAAGUUACUUAAACAAUUCAACCAUAACUAACAACAACACAAAUAAAAAUCCAGAGGAUAUUUCUGUUGGUUUUUUAGCUACACUAUUAAAAUAUAUUUCAAAAAAAGGGAAAAAAUUACAAAACCCUUUAAUUCCUUACACUCCUAUAGAUAUUUCUUAUACAUAUCAAACUCCUCCAUCUUUAAAUCCCUCAGAAAGAUUAAAUGAAAAAGUAAAUGAUUUUUAUGAUGAAUUAAAACACAUUAUUAACAAUAAAGAUAUUGAAAGCAGUGAUGCCUCUGAUUCAGAUGAAUUGAAUGUUUACGAAAAUUAUAAAAAAUUAAAAAAUAUAGACAAAAAAAAAAAAAAUUUGAAAAAUAGCAAUAAUAAUUCAAAAUUUUGUAAUAACAGUGAUAAAUUAACUAAUGAUAAAUAUGAUCAGAAUAAUUACUCAAGUGAUACUAAUACAACAUUUUCAUCUAUUGAAUUAAUUGAUAAUUCAAUGAUUGAACUUUUAUCUGAUAGUAAUAACCAGAAGAAAAAUAAAAAAAGUAAAAAUGUUAACUUUAGUCAAAUAGCUAUUGAAAAUGCGCAAAAUUGGAAUGAUGAAAAGGAUCAUAAUAAUUCUAUUUUUGAUUAUUACUCUUUAGCUGUAAAAGAAUCAAAUGAAGAUGAUGUAUUUGAAAAUUAUAGAAGAAAUAAAGCUUAUGUAUAUCAUGAAACUAUAGCUCAAAAAUUUUAUGAUCUAAAAAAUAAAGAAAUAUAA